CGGAGGUGUCGGAGUUAGCAGAGGAGAGGGAGCGACCAGCGCGAGCGUCUGGAAACGUGCACGACGCAGCAGCAGCAGAGGACGGUGACUGUGCAGCGUUCAGCGCGAGGGCGGUUCGGUAAACACGGUACAAAGUUGUCCAACGGUCGAAGGAACCCGCUCGUUUCGCCCCUCGUCGCUUCGGAACUUGGGGAAAAGUUGAACUCGGGCUCGCUCGGAGAAGGACCCAGGCUCGGUGUGCGCAGAAAAGUGCAGUCGGCGGCCGGUCCUGCAGGAAUGUCGCAGAAAGAGAGACCCGUGUUCUACCGACAGGAGGUCAACAAGACGAUAUGGGAAGUCCCGGAGCGCUACCAGAGCCUGUCCCCGGUGGGCUCCGGAGCCUACGGAUCCGUGUGUUCUGCAUAUGAUAGGCAGAGUAAUUUGAAGGUCGCUGUGAAGAAGCUCUCUCGGCCAUUUCAGUCCAUCAUCCACGCCAAGAGAAUGUACAGAGAGCUGCGGUUGCUGAAGCACAUGAAACAUGAAAAUGUGAUUGGCCUCCUAGAUGUCUUUUCCCCAGCUACUUCUCUGAAGGAGUUCACUGAUGUGUAUCUGGUGACUCACCUAAUGGGUGCAGAUCUCAACAACAUAGUGAAAUGUCAAAAGCUCACAGAUGACCAUGUGCAGUUCCUCAUAUACCAGAUCCUCCGAGGAUUAAAGUAUAUCCACUCGGCAGACAUCAUUCAUAGGGAUUUGAAACCCAGUAACCUGGCAGUGAAUGAAGACUGUGAGCUGAAGAUUUUGGACUUUGGUUUGGCACGGCACACUGAUGAUGAGAUGACCGGGUACGUGGCCACCCGCUGGUAUCGAGCCCCGGAGAUCAUGUUGAACUGGAUGCACUACAACAUGACAGUUGAUAUUUGGUCAGUGGGUUGUAUAAUGGCAGAACUCCUCACUGGAAGAACCCUGUUUCCUGGCACUGACCAUAUAAACCAGCUUCAGCAGAUAAUGCGUCUGACAGGAACGCCCCCAGCAUCUCUAAUAAGCAGGAUGCCCAGCCACGAGGCCAGGAACUACAUCAGCUCCUUGCCAAACAUGCCCAAGAGGAGCUUUACUGAUGUUUUCGUCGGUGCCAACCCUCAAGCUGUGGACCUGUUGGAGAAGAUGCUGGUUCUGGACACGGACAAACGGAUAACAGCAGCCGAGGCUCUUGCCCACUCCUACUUCGCUCAGUACCACGACCCAGAGGACGAGCCAGAGGCCGAGCCUUACGACCAGAGCUUUGAGAGUCGCGAGCUGGAGAUUGAGGAGUGGAAACGAUUAACCUUCGAGGAGCUGUGUAGUUUCGAGCCACAUGCCUUCGAUGAGGAUGACAUGGAGUAGUAAGACGUGCCACCCACAUCCCAGCAUCCAACAAAUUUGUAACGACCUUAAACAUUAGUCGUAAACAAAUGCUCAGACACUUGUAUUAGUCUUUAUUGAUCAGGAAAAUAUUGUCCAUGAUUAGCCUUUAGGUAAAGGAGACCAUUACCAGCGCAUAGAAAGCAUGAGCUCGACCAGUUAUCAUUAAUUGUCAAUUAUGAACCACUGAUGGUCCAAUGCUGGGAAAUGUCACUCGUUGCCAAUAAGUGGCUUAAUUUUAUAUUCUUCAGAUAUUAGCUAAAUUUAGACGUUGACUUAUCACUGUGACUCUGAUGCUGAAACACCUGGUCCUAUAGCUGUGCUAUUUUGUGUUUAAAAUUUUCUAUUGAGUAACUUAUGAAUAAGCUUUUGUAUCUAUCAAUCAAAAAAGAAAUAUGCUAAUAUGCUGGUCUGCCACUCACCCUGCCACGGUGUCACAUAUAGCACUGGGUCACGUGUAUUUGUAACAUGAGUUUUGAUUCAGUCAUCGCUAUGAUUGUUCUGUAUUUAAAGAGAUACGUUUGAAGGGUUUCAUAUCUGUGACUGUGAAUUUUACAGUUUUUAAGUUUUUAGAUAUGUCACAAACUGAGAAUGUGCUUGUUCUGUGUAGUCACUGACCUUCAGUGAUCACCAAAUGAAUUUCACACAUUUUAAUGUUCAUAGUUUAGACGCCCUGUGAGACAUUUCUGCAUAUUUUGGCUACACGGAAAAAUCUGAGCCUCAACUGUUAAAGGACAGUGCUUUUCAAUGUGGCACCUAAGUAGGAAUAUAAAUAUUUAUGGGUACCUGCUCUGCUCAAAAAUAUGUAAAUAUCUGUGCCAUAUUUUUUAAUCUCUGAUAUAUUGCGGUUCUGUUAUGAAGCAAUCACUUAGCAUGUACAGUACAUCAGUUAAAGACUUUGUGUGUGCAAGGGUGUGUUGUUAGUUUACAGGCAUUUUAAGUGUCAUGCUGAAACAUUUAAUAGAAAUACUGCUUAAAUGUGUAAAAGAGGGAUUCUACAUGUAUUUAUACUUUGUGGAGGUGGUAUUUAUAGACAACAAUCGAAAGAUCCCUUUAACUAUUUUCAGUCCAGCAGAGUUAUUACUAUCUUCAGUCAUUUGUUUAACAAAAUAAAGACUUAUUUUUAAGAGA